AUCCUCCGAUCAGUGCGGCAGGAAAAGCGCAGAGGAGACACGGCGGAGAUAGCGGGAGAGAGGAAAACAGAGGCGAAAAACAAGAACAACAUGGACUCAAACAGUCUGAUCGGAUCGUCUGUGAAACUGUCCUCCGGUGUUGGACUAUAGAUCUCCUCCUCACAGCGGCUCCGUUAUGUCGGCCAGCCUGAGGAUAAUAAUACUGACAGGGAAUGGAGGAAAUCUUCAGAAAUCCUGCCACUAAACUGCGCCGUGGUGUCAGGCUUUAAGGCUUUUUAUUAGACUGAAACAGAAGGACAUGAAGCUGAGGAUGGUGCUGCUGCUUUAACCGAGGGGCGCCUUUUGGUUUCCAACUCGUCGUGCUCUCCAACAUCAGGCCACGCUCAAAGUUUUUUUUUUUUUUUUUUUUUUCAGCAGAAGGGGAAAAUUUGCUGCAUUGAAUUCCUCUGGACGGGAUGUCAUCCGCAGUCAGGAGCAACUCCUCCGGCUGACUGAUCCUCCAGCGGCGAGCAGCGGGACGCACACAGAGGAAACGAUGGGAGAUGCGGCAGAUGACAGAGGGAUGAGACGCACCUUCAUCGUCCCUGCCAUCAAGAGCUUCGAUCACUACGACUUCACCAGGGCCAAGAUCUCCUGCAGCCUGACGUGGCUGGUGGCCAAAGCUUUCGGAUCGGAUGCAGUACCAGAGGAGCUGGUUGAGCCUUUCUACAGGGACCAGUACAACCAGGAGCACCUGAAGCCUCCAGUCGCCUGCCUGCUUCAGUCUGCAGAGCUCUACUGCCGGGCAGGAAGCCUGAUCCUCCGCAGCGAUGCCGUCAAACCUUUACUGGGACACAACGCUGUCAUUCAGGCCCUUGCACAGAAAGGCCUGUACGUCACCGAUCAGGACAGACUGGUCACCGAGAGAGAUCUGACCGGUACGCCCAUACACAUGAGUUCCCACCUGGCGCUCAUCGACACCCUGAUGAUGGCGUACACGGUGGAGAUGGUGAGUGUGGAGCGGGUGAUGACCUGCAUCAACAGAUACUCCUCGGCUGAACCCUCCCACACCGACGGACACAUCCAGGAGCUGCCUUAUGACACAGAGGACGCCAUCACCACCUGGAUCAACAAGGUGAAUGAACACCUGCGGGACAUUCUGGUGGAAGAGCAGAAGUUGAGAGAGGCUUCUUUCCAGGAGUCAAACGCCACAACACACAAAUCUCCUAGCAAAUGGUACUGGAGAUUAGUACCUGCUCGCUACAGGAGGGAGCAUGCCCAGAGGAGCGCUCCGUCGCUCCCUCUGGUGGACAACCUGCUGAAGGAUAACACAGACGGCUGCGCCCUGACUGCCCUGCUGCACUUCUACUGCCCACAGGCUGUCAGGCUGGAAGAUAUCUGCCUCAAGGAGACCAUGUCUCUAGCUGACAGUCUGUACAACCUCCAGCUGGUGCAGGAGUUUUGCAGGAACAACCUCAACCACUGCUGCCACUUCAGCCUGGAGGAUUUGCUCUACGCACAUGCAUCUGUAAAGAGUAACUACCUGGUGUUUAUGGCAGAGCUUUUCUGGUGGUUUGAAGUGGUUAAACCCUCAUUUGUACAGCCCAGAGUGUUCGAUCCAAACGCCUGUGAACCUAUAUCAUCCUGUAGAAAUAUGGCACCUGUGUCCAGCCCAGUUAAACAGAGCUAUGCAGACAGACCCUCCAGCCCAGAGAACAUCUCUACUGAAGGUGUAAUGAAGAGAUCUACCUCCAUGUCCUACGUAGAUGGCUGCGUCGGGACAUGGCCCAAAGAAAAACAGUCCUCCUCUCGGGGAAUCUCCUUUGAGAUUCCUCUGGACGGAGACCCGACCUUGCCGUCCUGUGAGGCUCCGUCUCUCCGCGGUAUGACCCGCUCAGCCAGCAGCGACGGUCUUGGGUUCAAAAUUCACUAUGCAUCCCGAGGAGGCAUUAAACGCCACGUCUCCCUCAUGCCUGUCAGUGUAAAUGGGCAGAGCAGACACAUACCAGAGGAGGACGAGGACUUCACCUCCCACAAACCGUUGGGAAGGAACAACACAUUCUCAGUCAAGAACCAAAGCAGGUACUCUAAUGGAGUCCUACCAGACAGCAACAGCCCCAGCCAUCACCAUGGCAACCACACUGGUCACAUCAGCCCUACGACCCCUCCAAGCAUCGAGGAGGCUCUGAAGAUUAUCCACGACACUGAAAGGCCCCACGCUAGCCUGGGUGUCGGGGACGGAGACAAUGGCUUCUUUCUCCACGGUGCAGAACCUUCCGACCCUCCAGGGGCCCAAGGUCAAGGAGACGACCUGGGCUCGGCUAAGGCACGGCUGAAUGACCAUGACCCCAACUCUGUAUCCACGGAUGAAGUGGACACGGGCAUCCAUGUGCGUACUGAUGACAUCCAGAGCCUUGAUGAGGACUCCUCCUCCCUGAGAGACUAUUCAGAUAUAGACCCAGACUGUGAGGCCAUGACCCGGUCGUGUCCUCUGCCUGACAGGCCGGAGAGGGAGAAAAGCAGGGAAGGAGGACACAAAGGGGUCGCAGAUACUAACCCUGGGGGUGAAAGGGGAGAUGGAGCUGACAGAAGCAGCCCCUGCCCCAGCUCUGCACCCACAAUCCCCAGAUCACACACAAUGAGUCCGGCUUCAUCCUCCGGUGGGUCUGCAGGUGGUUUGGUGCGGAUGACGAGCUUCGCUGAGCAGAAGUUCAGGAAGUUAGAGGGAAGGAGCAGCGGAGGAACCACACCAGAGAGUUCAGAUCUCAAUGUGCCAUACACACACCCAGCAAGAAACAGUCCUUCUCAGAUCUCUACACCUCCCCUGCCAAUCACAUCGCCCUCUCCAAUAACUACUUCACCCAGAGACCCCUCCACCCUCAUCGCCUCAGAGAUGAUUCAGCUGAGGAUGAAGCUGGAGGAGAAACGUAGAGCCAUCGAAGCCCAAAAGAAGAAGGUGGAAGCAGCUUUUACUCGGCAUCGCCAGAGAAUGGGAAGGACUGCCUUUCUCAAUGUAGUGAGAAGGAAAGGCGUGACGGCCCCCGUCAGCCCCAGCUCAGGAGCCGAGACGCCCUCACCAGAACCUCUCACCUCCUCAAAGGACAACAGCCAGAGCAGCAUGGAGCGGGCGGAGAGGUGCAAGCCAGACGGAGCAGCUCCCAAAACCCCCUGUGAAGAUGGUGGAGGUGUAGCCCCCGGAGAGAUCGACCUUGCAGAAUACACUCGCUCCAUCGAGAGGCUGAACACGUCGCUGGGUUUCCUGCAGACGGAGAUGCAGCGUUUGGCUCAGCAGCAGGAGAAGAUCAUGGCCAUGAGAGAGCAGCAUCAGCAAGCCUGGGUCAUACCGCCUCCUGCUCCGUCUCCUCACAGGCAGCUCCGUGAGUUGCGUAGCAGCAGCGUAACAGGCCGGGGAUCGGGCCGAGGCUCCGUGGGGUCCUUAUCCCCCAUCCUGUCUUCUUCUGGUUCUCCUCGCGCUCCCAAUCGUUCCCCUGCUGGCAUUAAGCGACGACCAGCCUCCUUCCACGCCAGAACACCCCGGACACCACGUCCAAAUGAUCUGAAGGUCACCCCCUUCAGUCGGAUGCUCAACACCCCCACUUCAGUGGACAGCCUGCCCAGACUGAGGCGCUUCACUCCCAGCCAAACCCAGCUCAGUUCCUUUGCCUACUUGGGCCACGACGCCGGCACUGUAGAAACCAUGGACCAAGACACAAAGGACAACAAGGAAAACACUAAGAACAAAGAAGUGGCAGUGGAGAAGAAGAAUGCUGGCACUCCUCAGCCUCCGACUAAAGAAGCAGCCAAAGAGAAGGAAGAUGAAGAGGAGAGGAGAGAGACAGAGGUGAAGGGAGAAGUCAAACAAUCAAGGACGUUGGAGGUGUUGUGUCAGCCGGUGUCUGAGAUCCAAGGAGCCGCAGGCAGCCGGGUGAAGGAAGACAACCAGGACAGGAGAGACCUGGUGGAGGUGCCUCUGUCUGGGCUGAAGCCUCCAGAUGGACGAGGUCAGGAGGUAGCAGGAGGGGAGGGAGAAACAGGUGGAGACAUUUACGGAGAAGACCAGAAGAUGUGCUGUGGAUUCUUCUUUAAGGAUGAUGUGAAAGGGGAAGAGGACAUGGCAGCAAAGAAAGCAGCUCUGCUGGAGAAGAGGCUGCGGAGAGAGAAGGAGGCUCAGGAGAGGAAGCAACAACAGGAGCUGGACCAGGAACACAAGAGGGAAGCUGCCCGGUUGAAAGCAGAGGAGGACCAGCAGAAGAAGGAUGACGAGAAGGCGAGGAGGGAAUACAUCAAGAAUGAAUAUAUGAGGAGGAAGCAGCUUAAACUGAUGGAGGACAUGGACGAAGUCAUCAAGCCUCGAUCUGGAAGUCUCAAGAAGAAGCCACGGCCAAAGUCCAUCCACAGGGACGUCAUGGAGUCGUCUACUCCACCUGUGAGGAACACAGGGGUGCGUCCUCGAGGAUUCUCUGUGUCCAGUGUUUCUCUGGCGUCUCUCAAUCUGGCCGACAACUACAGAGACCAGGCAGAUAACAGGAAGAACAGCAGAGGCAACAAACUAGCUUCUGCCCAUAUCCCGUUUUAUUUAAGCUCCCCCAAAGAAAGAAAGGGAAGGCCAGACUCCGCAGAAGGUUUCUCUUCUUGUCCUUCGGCUGGUAGUCGUAACGGAGAGAAGGAUUGGGAAAAUGAUUCGACCACGUCAUCCACUCCCUCCAACACUGAGUACACAGGACCCAAACUGUACAAGGAGCCCAGCGCCAAGUCCAACAAGCACAUCAUCCAGAAUGCUCUGGCUCACUGCUGCCUGGCUGGCAAAGUCAACGAAGGACAGAAAAACAAGAUACUUGAUGAAAUGGAGAAAUCCGAAGCCAAUAACUUCCUUGUGUUGUUCCGUGAUGCCGGAUGCCAGUUCAGGUCCGUUUACGCCUACUGCCCCGAGACCGAGGAGAUCACCAAACUGGCCGGCAUCGGCCCAAAGAGCAUCACAAAUAAGAUGAUCGAUGCCCUGUACAAGUACAACUCAGAUAGGAAGCAGUUCAGCCAGAUCCCAGCCAAAACCAUGUCCGCUAGCGUGGACGCCAUCACCAUCGCCAGCCAUCUGUGGCAGACCAAGAAGCAGGGGAUGCCCAAAAAACACCCCAAGUAGUGCCAGAUGGUCGGGCAACGUUUGGACACGCUUCAUUGGACACACAGAAGAAUUUGUGGAUUUUAAUUUUUCAUUAAAAGGGACACACGUUUCCACUGUUGAAAAUCACAACUGGAAUGUAGAACACACAGAUGUUAUUGUUACAAAUACAGAGCUGGCUGUGUCCCUCUGGACUGCUAAAAUGAGGCACAAGUGUGGACUCGUCAGCAUGUGUAUCUAUGUUCUCAUGUGCCAAAAAAAGAGAAGAAAAUAAUAGGCGAACCAAUGCCUUACCUAGUUGAACCACUGAAGCACUGAAUGUCACGCCUUUGACAGAGGCAGUUUGGUUUCUCUAAGUUGAUCAUGUGUGGCCUUAUGCUUGUUUUGUGUCAUAUGGAUGCUCUGUGAGUGUUAGUGUCAUUUUGUCAGCGCCUGUUGAGUCUGUUUGUUGUGUGUACUCACAGAUCUGAGAUCAGCUUACGCCACCUUUACGGUCAUUUAAAGGGCGACCUGUCUGUGGUCAGAGGCAGCAUUUUUGAUGAGGGUUUUGCGCCAUAUAGGCAUGAAUUUCUGGGGGGGGGGUUGUUGUCGUUUUUUUAACAUAUGACUGAAAAACUUAUAAACAGUUCAAGUUUGUGUAUGUGUGUAUAGUGAAGUGCCAAGAAGAGUGAGGAAAAUACCUCAGCUGGUGAUUGCAAUUACUUUCCAAAAGUGUAAAAUGAUGAGAUUAUUGAGCAUACGGAGGAACAUCGAACAAUUCUGGAAAGCACCUGCAAUAGACUCUUAAUUUAUUUCAUUUUGAUAAUGCUUUGAAGAUAUUUUAAAAAGCGUCUUAGAUUUUAUUCAGAGAAACAUAAUAUACUAUGCGUAUAUAAGUUAAAAUUAGUUUGUAUAUAAUGGCAGUUCCAUUCAAAACAAACAAGUCAGCUUGUAGUAGCUUUGAGUAGCUUUUAUAAUUUAUCAUGUACGUGUAUCAGUAUGUUGUCGUUUUUGGGGCCUUUUUAUCGUGCUGCAGAUGCAAAAAGUGUGAUCACUCAACAGUAUCACCGAUAAGACUAUCAUGAGUAGUAGAUGGAAAUCCCACACUGUGUCAUCAGUCUGUGCAAUUUAAGAGUAAGUUAAAUAAUCACUAUUGACCAUGUUGCAGUUAGAACUAACAAAUACUGAAAAUGUCUCUUUAAUGUGGUUAUCGUCUGAGCUAUUAGAUCGGGGUUACCUUCAAAGUAGUCCACAAUUGUAAAUAAAAUGAAUUCACCUAUGCUAGCACUUAAAGACCCUGUCUACUGUUGUCCAGUCUGAUCAAAGAUGUUCCCACUUCAGGAGUGUCAUGCUUAUUACUUUACUUUUACAUUACGGUUACUUCUUUUUUUUAUUAUCAUGCAUUCCUUCAAUAUGUGUUGACACUGUACAGAUAUAUUUUGGCAUAUAGAAGUAUUUUUUGUAACAACAUUUACCUGUUGGAAGCAAGUACUAAUGAAGCAGUACAGCUGUUGAAGGAAGUGUGUUGAGUCACAGUGUAGCUGAGGAGGCGACGUGUAUGAGGUCUUAUCGAGGCUUUAGUGUGGUAUUGUGUGACAUGCAGUAAGUAUGCUGAGAAAAUCAUAGUAUUUUUUUCAACUUGAAUUCAUUUUCUUUUCAAUUAACAAAAUAUGCUCGACUCUUCAUGGAUUUUUGUUGUUUUUCUAUUCCUUUGAGCUUUAUUAAAAUGCCAGCUAUCAAUAGUA